CCCACGAGACGAGCGAAAAUGGCACUCUAAAAACUCUACAUAAGCGGAGGGCAGAAGCUCAGCGGGGGCGAUUUUUGCGGCCGCCCCUCGUCUCAAAAACACGAAUCUUGAUGCAAAGGCUAGACGGGAGAGAGAGCCUCAGCAGGCUCAUCGGCAAGAAGAGGAAGAGGACCCUCUCUUCCCCUCUCUCUCUCCUCCUCCAAUCCAAAUCCAAACCCAAUCCCAAAGAGGAAGAAGAGAAAGAAGCUGAGGUAGAGGCUCCGUCGACGUCCAAUGACGGAAAAAUCAAAGGAAAUGAUGAUCCUGUGUGGGUUUCUUGCCCUGUUUGUGGAUCCUCCAUUCGAGGGACAGAUCACAUGGUCAAUUCCCAUCUGGACAUCUGCCUAACAAGGGGAGCUAAAAAAAAGUUAACUCAGCGUACCCUUCUUCAAUUAAAAUUUUGUCCCAUAUCCGCGAGUAAAACCUCUGCAGGGGUCUUAGAUAAUACCAGAGCAGCUAUAAGAGAAGGCGAAUUGGUUGGUGGAAAAGAAAUAUCUGAUUCUGAAAUGACAAUUGAAAGAAUUCUUUCUGAAAAUAAUGAGAAAAUUGAACAUGCAUCAGGUGCACAAGAUGUGAGCAAAUUAACAAAAUGUAUUGAUGUUCAAAUGGAAAUAAAAACUGUUGAAAACACAGCUAAUGAAAAUAUUGUCCCGCAAAGCACCAUGGUACCUAAGGUUGAUACGUUUGGAGUUGAAGAUUCUAAAGUUUUAGCAGCAUUUGAAACCUUUAUCGUCGGUCGUAAGUUUCAUGAUAAUAUUCAGCUUCAACAAGGUUGUCAACUAUUUCUUUCAAGAGACCCUCAAAAUGCCAAGGAUAAGCAUGCUAUCAAGGUGCUUUCUACUGAUUUAGGAGCUGGAAAUAUGCUUGGAUAUUUACCUCGAGAAUUGGCUAAGUUUCUAUCUCCCUUAAUGGAUAACCAUCAUUUAAAAUGCGAGGGAUCUGUGAUCUCUAUUUCUGAACAUCCUCUUGAUCCUGUUCCCAUUCAACUUGUUUGUGAGAAAAUGGUUGCUUCUGGUAAAGGGGAACAUGAUGGCCAACAGAAUUUUGAGUUCUUAUGGGAAAAUGUGAAACGUGUUACCGAAUAUGGCAAACUAAAUCCUCCUAGCAUGACAAAAUACCAACAAAAUUUCUGUUUAAUGAUUGAAGAAGUUGUAAAUAAUCAUACUCACCUUUUUACGAGUGAAGAAAAGUUGCUUUUAGGAUCUUUUGACUCAUUAAGCAACAAUGCUCAGAGACUCUUUGUUCGAAUAUAUACGAGAAAAGGACCAUGGUUUCGGAUGUCCAAUAUUUCUUAUCCAGAAAUUUCAGAUCUACAAACAACAAGUGAAGAAUUGCGAUUGGCUGGUUACAUCUGCUCAUUUAAUUGCAGUGAGGAUGUAGUGAAAUAUAACAUAAAAGAAGUUCUCGAGGUGCUGAAUGUUUUCGAGAUGAGAGAAAUUUCAAACAGUAUACUUUCUAAGAAAGGAGUCAAUUUAACUCGACGACAGGAGCUUAUUGAUGCUCUUUUUUCUGCAUAUGAAGAUGAAACAUGCCAGCUUCUUCCAAAGAUGAUCCUGGAAAGAGCUGGAACCUGUAUAAAGAUUUCUUCAGCUGCUGACAUACUAUUUUGGCGUGUUCAGAGGCUCUUUUUCCUCAAUGGUGAACAAGACUUUUCUGCUUUCCUUCUAAGUGAUCUUGGGCUGAUUAAAUUUCCUCAGUAUAAUUGCGCUAUUGUACACCCAAUCUUUCAGUAUCGAAGUGACCUGCUUGAAUAUGAAGAGUCUGUUGAAGUGGCACAAAUAAUGGAUGAAUCUCUAGAUGAAAAUAAUCUGGAAAAGGUGAUGAGAUGCAUCAAUGUAUCUCAUGAACACAUCCAAACUAGCUUUAGGGAAGCAGCUCAGUCUUCCAAGUGUGGCUCUCCUCCAGCAUUCUUCUCACGUUUCUCAGCUUCAUGGGUUUACUCGAAAGUGCUCUCCUUGGGGGUUUCUGUUUUUGAACGUGAACGUAGGUAUGAAGAUGCUAUAAGACUUCUGAAGGAUCUCCUUAGCCAAAUCACUCGUGAUAGCAGGCGGGGUUAUUGGACCCUCAGGCUAUCAAUUGACUUGGAACAUAUAAACCGUGUUAAUGAGAGCCUUGCUAUUGCAGAAGAAGGUGUUUUAGAUCCCUGUGUUCGUGCUGGUUCAAAGUUAGCACUACAAAGGAGAGUUCUUCGUUUGGCCAAGCCACCACGGAGAUGGAAGACACCAAGCUAUGCUAAUUCAGUCAAGCGAACAAUUAAAGAAGUAAGUGUCAGAGGGCGCCCUUUGACCAGUGAAAUUGGAGCAAAGAGCCUAUUUUAUGGUUUUAACGAUGAGCUGUGCGGGGUCGAGCAAUUGGCUCUUCAAUACUAUGCUGGUGAUGGAGGCGGAUGGAAUGGUGUACAUUCAGAAAGUGGGAUUUGGAUGACCAUCUUUGGUAUUCUCAUGUGGGAUGUCAUAUUUGCCGAUGUUCCAGAUGUAUUCCGCUCUAGAUUUCAGAUGGCUCCAUUAGAUUUCCUCACUGACGAUUUCUACAUCACAAGAAGAAAUCUCAUCGAACUUCACUUACAAAAAAUUCAAAAAGGCAAAGCUGGUGAAAUCUUGAUCGCUUCAUGGGAUUCUCACGUGGGGACCGCUUGUCACGGUGUGAACUGGGACCGCCAUUCUUUAUCAGACCUUCGAGCUGUUGUUUCUUGCAUCGGAGGUUCUUGUUUGGCUUCACUAUGUCGACACCUUGCCCUAGAUUAUCGAAGUUGGUGUAGUGGCAUGCCCGACUUAUUGCUGUGGAGAUUUCAUGGAGGAGAUGGGGAUGCAGGUCGAGCUAAACUUGUGGAAGUUAAAGGGCCAAGAGAUCGACUCUCGGAGCAACAGAGGGCUUGGAUGCUGAUUCUUAUGGAUUGUGGUUUUGAUGUUGAGGUAUGUAAAGUUGGCUCACCUUGAAAAUUGUAGUGAUGGGUUGGUUUAUAUUCACAUUCUUAUGUAACUUCAUUUGUUCAUGCAACAGAAAGACUGCAAAGAUAGUGUAUUCACAUUUUUUUUAUUUUCACUAUUCAACCUUGGGAAGAAAGUAGAUUGGUGAUUUGAUUGGUGAA